AUGCGACAAUUAAAGUACUUUAUGUGGGCAGUGGUGCUGCUCCACUUGAGUGCUAGUAGAGCGGACUCUGGCUACUCUUACCAACCUCCCUACAAUCAAAUUGUCGCCUUGCCGCAAGAAAAUGGAAACUAUUACCAACCCCCGCACUCUCCACUACCUGUUUCACCGCAGCAAAACUUCAAUGGUUAUGAAUAUCCACGACCACCUUCGCGCAUUCCUAUCUUACCUGCGGAGAAUAUGGACUUCCAGCUUAGCAACAAUGAGUCUGUUGCCACACCACCGCCCGGCGUAAUGGGUGACUUCAUUGAUGACAUUAUAAAUGGGCAAAAAGAGCAAAUACUCUCUUCUUUAUUGGGUAACACUGAAGGUGCCGUUGGGUUGGGAGAUGAUGAUGAUGCGAAGGCAUUCCGCUUCAACAAAUGUGCUACGUGCACUUGCGGUGUUCCAAAUGUAAAUCGCAUUAUUGGCGGCACUGUUGUGCGCAUCAAUAAAUAUCCCUGGACUGCACAGCUCAUUAGAGAUAAUUUUGUCUACUGCGGAGGCACACUGAUCAACGACCGUUAUGUGCUGACCGCCGCUCAUUGUGUCAAGGGGCAAAAUGUCAAACGCAUAUCGGUAAGACUGUUGCAGCUUGGUCGUUCUACAAAUAUGGGCAUCAUGAGACGUGCCGUGGCACUAGUGACGCACAAGAAAUAUAACGAUAAUACUUUGGUCAAUGAUAUAGCCUUGGUGAAGCUGAGUAAGCCCAUAGCGUUGAAGGAUCCCAUUAGACCAGUUUGCUUGCCAAAUCCCAAUCAGAACUUUGAUUUCAAGGAGGGCGUAAUCGCUGGCUGGGGUCUUACGAGUCAGGAUGGUGAUAUUUCGAGCGUCUUGCAGGAGGUCACAGUACCAAUAAUCACGAAUGCGCAAUGUCGUAACACUUCGUAUAAAACAAUGAUAGUGAAUACGAUGUUGUGCGCUGGAUUAGUUGAAGAAGGUGGCAAGGAUGCGUGUCAGGGCGACAGUGGCGGCCCGUUGAUUGUGCGUGAUCGUAUCUUCCAAUUGGCCGGUGUUGUAUCCUUUGGAUUUGGUUGCGCUAAACCGAAUGCUCCGGGUGUCUAUACGCGUGUCAGUCAGUACUUGAAGUGGAUCUCGGAAAAUACGAAAGAUGCCUGUUAUUGUAAGCAAUGA